ACUUCAUUCAUUGUCCCAUUCCAUUCACUCUUUGAGAGCACAUUUUCCCAAAUCAUAAUCUAAUUGAACUGAUGGGGACUUCAUUCUUUGACACUCUACAGCAUUCUCUGCAGCCAAUGCUCGGCAAUAAAACCUUUACGGAUAAUUUCCCUUACAAGGGAAGUGUCCUCGCCUUUAUAUCCUUAGUUUUUCUUUGGGAAGAAUAUCUCAGAUAUCGCCACUAUCGCAAUCUUCGCUCAAAGGUCGUACCCACGGCAUUACGCGAAUAUGUCUCUGAUGAAGAGUUUCGCAAGGCACAGGCGUAUGGUUUAGACAAGACUCGAUUUGGCUUUGUCGAGUCGCUUUUCACGCAAAUCCAGAAUACCCUCAGUAUCGUUUAUGAUUUUAUGCCUUGGCUCUGGGGGCUGUCCGGAAAUAUCAUGUUCAAAGUAACCGGAUAUGGGAAAGAGUAUGAGAUCACACAAUCUAUCAUGUUUUUCGUGGUGCUGUCUAUCAUAUCCACAGUCAUUUCCCUGCCAUUUUCGCUUUACUCCACUUUUGUGAUUGAAGAGCGUCACGGGUUCAACAAACAGACCUUGAAAUUGUAUUUCACCGACAUGAUCAAAGGACAUCUUGUUGCAGGGGCAAUUGGAAUGCCUUUCUUGGCUGGAUUCCUCAAGAUCAUCAAGAUCAGCGGAGACAAUUUUUACUUUUAUGUCUGGUUAUUCAUCGUCGUGUUCCAACUCAUCAUGGUCUCUAUCUUUCCCACAUUUAUUCAACCCUUGUUCAACAAGUUUGAUCCGCUUCCUGAAGGCGAGCUUCGUACGAUGAUCGAGGCUCUUGCAUCUCGUAUCCACUUCCCAUUGACCAAGUUAUUUGUGAUUGAUGGUAGCAAGCGCUCAGGCCAUUCGAACGCGUAUUUUUAUGGUUUUUUUAAGAACAAACGUAUCGUUCUUUAUGAUACUCUUCUGGAGCACUCGAGCAACGACGAGAUCUGUGCUGUUCUUGCACAUGAACUUGGGCAUUGGGCAUGUAACCACACUCUCAAAAUGCUAGCGUUCACGCAGGUUCACUUAUUUGUGACAUUUUACAUGUUUUCUCAAUUCGUCAACAACAAAGAAAUGUACGAGUCAUUCGGCUUCAUGGAUGUGACACCUACAUUGGUGGGAUUCCUGUUGUUCAACUACAUUUAUUCGCCUGUUGAGAGUGUCAUUGGAUUCGUUGUUAAUAUUAUCAGCCGACGUCAUGAAUUCCAAGCGGAUAAAUUUGCUCGUGAUUUGGGAUACGCAGCCACAUUAGCAUCAGGAUUGAUCAAACUUCAGCUCAAAAACCUGGGCACUAUGAACCCAGAUUGGCUUCACUCCAUGUAUCAUCGAUCCCACCCUGAGUUGGUGGAACGCCUUAACGCCAUCAAGUAUCAAAAAAGCGACUCUACAAAGGCUGAGAAAGUUGAAUAGGAA